CCAAUAGUGCAAUCGAAGGCCCAAGAACACAACUCUUAUUAUUCUCCUACUUAUUUUUCCUUUCCCUCUCCUUUUUAUUGCUCGUGUCCUUUCUACUUCUUCCGAUUCCUUCCGCCGGAGCUAAGUUGUUCAGUAACUCGCCGGAUUCCGCCCCUUGCUAGCUCGCUCCGCCGGCGCCAUCUCCGAUGUAAGUAUUCCCUGAAUCCCAGUCGCUUCAAGCAAUUCCAGAAUCCUAAUGUAGGUCUGCUCCCUUCCUCGUGAAAAGCAAAAGGUCUGAAAUUGGAAAUUGUACGAAGAGCUACUCGACUGCAACUUCGGAAUCCUUUCGGGAAAUUGAACGAUUCAUGGCUCUCUCUGCUGGAUUUUCCAUUUCUUAGACUAAAGUACACGAUCUUUAUGCUCAAUCCAGCUUCCCAUUCGUUCUUAUAAUGUCGAAAACGUGCCCAUAAGGAGGAUUUGGAAAUUUUGUAUAAGGGGUUCUUAGGGUUUGUAGAAAAUUUCCCUCUUUUCUAAGGAUGGGAAAUUGUUGUUAACAUAUGGGUUUUUCUCAGUGACGAGAAAAUGGCCGAGGGAGAUGAGGAGAUGCCGAGAGAUGCAAAAAUAGUGAAGUCCCUACUGAAAUCAAUGGGAGUUGAGGAUUACGAGCCCCGUGUUAUCCACCAGUUUCUGGAGCUGUGGUAUCGUUACGUCGUUGAUGUGUUGACGGAUGCUCAGGUUUACUCGGAGCAUGCUGGGAAAGCUGCGAUCGACACUGAUGAUGUCAAGCUUGCUAUUCAGUCCAAAGUCAACUUCAGCUUCUCACAACCCCCACCAAGAGAGGUUUUGCUGGAGUUGGCAAGGAAUAGAAACAAGGUCCCAUUGCCCAAGACUGCCCCAGGUCCCGGCGUUCCUCUCCCACCUGAGCAGGACACACUGAUCAGCCCCAACUAUCAAUUAGCUUUCCCGAAGAGACAGCUUCCGCAAGUAGAAGAGACGGACGAAGAUGAAGAAAUGCCUGAUCAGAAUCCUUCUUCGCAGGAACCAAGUACUGGUGCGCCUCAGCAACAGCAAACCCCUCAACGAGUCUCAUUCCCUCUUACCAAACUAACCAAGUGAUAGACAGGGUAGGAUAGUAAAGAUCUUGUUCGCGAUCAAUCCUGUGCCUGUACUCACAGUUGUAACUUGUAAGAUACAGGUUAGAGCCUUGAGACUUAUGCUUACUACAUUAAGCGAUUUGUAACUAGACGGGCGCUUCUUUCCAGUUCUAGACUGUUUAGAUUCUUAUUCUUACCCUUGAAUGUUCAGUGUUAUGAGUGUUACAGAUAAAGAGCAACUGCUGUU